GAGAAUCUACAAUGUAAAUAGUCAUUAAAAUAAACAAAAAAGCAUUCAAUGAGAAGGUGUGUCCAAACUUUUGAAAGGUCAUGAAUGUAAUUCACAUACAAAACCGUUCAAAAGUUUGGGGUCACCCAGACAGUUUCAUGUUUUCCAUGAAAACUCACACUUUUAUUCAAGUGCUAACAUAACAGCACAAGGGUUUUCUAAUCAUCAAUGAGCCUUUCAACGCCAUUAGCUAACACAAUGUAGCAUUAGAACACAGGAGUGAUGGUUGCUGGAAAUGUUCCUCUGUACCUCUAUGGAGAUAUUCCAUUAAAAAUCAGCUGUUUCCAGCUACAAUAGUCAUUUAUCACAUUAACAGUGUCUAGAUUUCAAUUUUUGAAAGUUAUUCUAACUGUCAAUGCCACAGAGCCUUUUUGCGUAGCUGAUUGAUUAGCUUUAGAUGUUUUCAGGCACCCAGUUUGCGCAUUAAUGCAUUAUUUUAUCCCCAUUUAGUAACUUGAGACUAGCUUGUGAUUAUUGUGACCUGAGGAAGUACUUUAAUUUCAUUCUUGCGAAUGGGUUUCUGAAUAGCUGGUGCAACGCAGCCAUGUCUCGGAAACCAUGGCGAUCAGAAAUUAGAGGCCGAGACAAUCCAAACUGGAGAGCACUCGAGCUUUUAAAACAAUGAGAUAUAAACAGGACACGAGUGAUUGAGAGUCAUGACGGUGAACAAUGGCGUCGUGGUCUGUGUUUCCGCCUGAUGAAUGGGUGUUUUUGGCAGCACAGGAAGUCACGACUAUAUAAGGGCUUUGCGGCCGACGCCCCAAACCCUAAUGAGCACGUGCAGAAAGGGUUCUCACCACAAUGAGGAGGGGGGUUAGGGGGAGAUGUGGUGUCGCUGUCAUCAGCACCUCUGGGCCUUCAAAGAAAGCAAAGACGGACUAGAUGUGUUUGUAGCAGGCGGCAUCAUCAUCAUCAUCAGAUUAAUCUACUGUAAUCAGCGUCCCAUGUGCGUCUAAUUUUGUUCUGGUUCACUGACUGUCUGAUCUGAUAAACGAGCAGAACACCCCGCUGUCCUGUACAUGAGAUUAGACACACAUUUCAUAAAAGCUGCUGACGCUUCACACACACACAUGCAGAGAAAAGGUUCUGGUUUUAGCCAGUGAUUUUAAUAAAUGACUUGUGUUGAUCUCGCUGGGAGGACUGGUCCACUGUUUCCCAGUGGGAGGGAUGGAGGAGGAGUAAUGAGGGAUGGAGGGAGGAACAGUUUGAAGAGCCGGGCUGAAGUUGGAGUAGCUGCAGAGAGACAGAUAGCAGCAGAGAGAGCCAGACAGGAUUGGGAAUCAAGUUUGUGCUGUUAAAUUUAGGGCAAAGUGUGUGAAAGUAGAAUUUUUUAAAAUUUCAGACAACUUUUGGAUUUAAUUUUGUCCAUGAAUUAGAUUUAUUUUGUCAGAUUCAGAUUUUUUUUUGUUAAUAUUUGUGGUCCAUUAAGUUUUGAGGCCGUGUGGGUGCUUUGGUGUGUCAGUGUGUGUGUUAUAGUAAACCAUGGAGCUGGAGCAUUUAGGCGGCGGUGGGGUUAAACCUGAGAGGGGCAGCAGCCGACUCUACAAGAUAGCUCUGGCCAUGUGUGUGUGCCUCUGUGCUGCCCUGCUGCUCGCUCUCAUACUGGUGUCUCAAAAAUCCAGUCAGGAGGAGUUCUGUCUGACCCCAGAAUGCAUCGAAGCAGCGGGGUCUAUUCUAAGCAAGAUGGAUCGGGAUGUAGACCCCUGCCAGGACUUCUAUACUUUCUCUUGUGGAGGCUGGUUGAAGGAGAACCCGAUUCCUGAAGAUUCGUCCUCGUACGGCAUCUACCCGUGGCUGCGGCAGCAUGUCGACAUCCGACUCAAAGAGUUACUAGAAGCUCCUUCAGACCCUGACGAACUCCAAGCAGUGACCAAAGCGAAGAUCCUCUAUCGCUCCUGUAUGAAUGAAACCGUGCUGGAGCAGUUGGACGCCAGACCGAUGCUGAAGACGCUCAAACAGCCGGAGUUCCGGUGGCCCGUCGUGGGCGAAGGGCUGGGCGGAGACUACCAGUGGUCCCAGAGUCAGUGGAACCUGCUGAAGACGCUGGCCGAGAUGAGGAACCAGCACAGCAAGAGCGUCCUGAUCCGCCUGUACGUCUCACCUGACGACAAAAACUCCUCACACUACAUCAUCAAGCUGGAUCAGGCGUCCUUGUCGCUGCCCUCCAGGGAGGACUACAUCACCAACACCACCUCUGCUCAGGCGUAUCGUGCCGCUCUGCUCAGUCUGAUGGUGGACACCGCCGUCAUGCUGGGAGCCCCGGAGAAAGCAGCGCUGACCCAGAUGGAAAAGGCUCUCGCCUUCGAGACCAGAGUUGCUCAUAUCCUGAUUCCUUAUGAAAACCGCACCAGUGAGAACAUGUACAACAGAUACUCGCUGUCUCGCCUGCAGCGCUCCAUACCACAGUUUGACUGGCUGGGUUUUGUACGAGCUGUGGUGGAGUCUAAAGGCGACCCGGCUCGGUCCAUCUCCUCCUCCGAGCCCGUCAUCGUCAGAGCUCCGCAGUACUUUAAGGACCUCAUGAAACUCAUCAACGCCACCGAUCCCAGGACGGUAGCGAACUACGUCCAGUGGAGGACCGUCUUCUCCAGGAUCACAACUCUGAGCCGCCGCUUCCUCUACAGAUACCUCGACUACGCUCGGGUAACCACGGGAACCACCUCCCUGACCCCGCGCUGGGACAAAUGCGUCAACUACGUGGAGAACUCACUUGUUUAUGCCACCGGGCGCCUCUUCGUCAACACGCACUUCCAGGAGGAUAAGAAACACAUGAUGGAGGAGCUGAUCGAGGGCAUCCGCUGGGCCUUCAUCGACAUGCUGGAGAAGGAGAAUGAUUGGAUGGAUCAGACGACGAAGAAGAGAGCCGUGGAAAAGGCUCAUGCAGUCCUGGCUAAGGUCGGCUACCCCGAGUUCAUCUUGAAUGACACCUACCUCAAUGAAGAUUUAAAGCAGCUAGAGUUCAGUAACAAGGAUUACUACGGCAACGUGAUGCAGACGUUGAAGUUCAUCGCCCAGUCUGACAUCAGCUGGCUCCGAAAGAGCGUCCCGAGAACAGAGUGGUUUACGAACCCGACAACCGUGAAUGCCUUCUACAGUUCAUCCACAAAUCAGAUCAGAUUCCCUGCUGGAGAGCUUCAAAAACCCUUCUUCUGGGGAAGAGAGUAUCCAAGAUCUUUAAGCUACGGCGCCAUCGGAGUGAUAGUCGGACACGAGUUAACUCACGGCUUCGACAACAACGGUCGGAAGUACGACAAAAACGGCAACCUGGACUACUGGUGGAGCAACUCGUCUGUAACGGCCUUCAGUGAGAAGACUCAGUGCAUGAUUGAACAGUACAACAACUACCACUGGGAGGAGGCAGGGCUCAAUGUUCGCGGUAAGAGGACUCUGGCUGAAAACAUAGCAGACAACGGAGGGAUAAGAGAAGCAUUCAGGGCGUACAGGCGGUGGGUGGAUGAGAGCAGAGGUGGUGUGGAGGAGCCUCUGCUGCCUGGACUAGAACUCAACAACAACCAGCUGUUCUUCAUGAGCUACGCACAUGUGAGAUGUAACACCUACAGACCAGAAGCAGCCAGAGAGCAGAUCCAGAGUGGAGCUCACAGUCCACCCAAAUACAGAGUCAUCGGAGCCAUGAGCAACUACGAGGAGUUCCGGAAGGCCUUCGGCUGUCCUGAUGCGUCCGUGAUGAACCGAGGAGCUGAGUCGUGCCGGGUGUGGUGACCUCCGACCUCUUCGGCUUUCAUACCGAACAGGGGGAACGUGAGCUGAGGAGGCCGCUAGCGCCGGACUUAGCCGACAGAGUUUACAAGAUGAGGGAGCAAACAUGAAGCAGAGUUGUUCUCAGUGAAGCGUGUUGUUCAGGUAGGAGCGGAACACUUUGGAGGAUGUUUUUUACUGGUUUAGUCACUGCUUAUGUUGCAGUCGAUGCUUAAAUUAUGACUGAAGACGUUUAUAAAGGAUCAUAGUUUAAAGGAUUUUAUGUGAAAAACACUUUACAGGCUGUUUUUUUGACCCGUUUACAACAUCAGAGUUGUCUGUACUGUAACUAGAUAUCACUGUAAAUGUAAUAACUACAACUUUUCUACUCAUAAGGACAAUUUAUUCCAGAUUUUAUGGUAGGAAGCAGAUAUAUCAGGUCAUAUAUUCAACACUGUAAACCAAAGACUAGUUUUUAUUCUCUUCUUUAUUCCUCUAACCAGCGUAAAAAAAAAAAAAGCAAACUAUCAUCAAUCUAAUGGAAUCUACUUAAUGGAGCUUUAAAGCGUCUCAGAUCAGGUGUGUCGUGUGUGUUUUGUACGUGUGUGGGCCCAAAAUCUGUCUCAGUUUCUUUAUAUUUAUACAUUUGUGUUCGUCGCGCUGCGGUUCAGCCUGAAGGCAAACCAACUGUGUAACUGCAGAACACUCAUCUGUCUUUGUGUCGCCGUGGCUGACUUACACUCACACACCAGCUUGUGUUUUAAGUUCCUCUGCAAAAACAAGAUUAUUCUUCAAUGAACAUUUAACGCAUUAGCAAGAAAAUGGGAAGGAAACGUCCCCUCAAAUGUUUAUUAUUCGUAUUUAUUCACCAGAAGUGUUCAUUUCUUGUCUUUUUUCCCCCCACAUUUACACAUAAAAUUAUUUAUAGAUUUGAAGUAUUACAGUAAAAGUCUGCUCUUUUUUUGAUCAGUCAGGAAAAUUAAGAUUAUCAGUAAAAUAUAAUGAAAAAUUAGCAUAAUUUAAACUAUCUAUGGAUGAUUAUUGUUAUUCUAAUUCACAUGCUGUUGAUAAAAUAGUAGAAAUCAAAGGUGUUUAGCGGUGCUUGUUUCUCAAUUAAUGUUUUAGUCUUAAAAUUUUUUUUAAUUAAAUAAAAGAUAUUCAGAAAAAUAAAGAUAAUCAUUAAAAUUUGAUAAAAAUUAGCAGUAUUUUGAACUAUCUAUGGGCUAUUAUUAUAAUUCUAAUUCUGUAAGUUUCUCUAUAAAUCUUUUAAUCUUAAAAAAAUAUCAGAAAAUAUAAGAAAAUGCAGCAUUUUUUUUGUAUUUUCAGGAAAAUUAAGAUUAUCAAUGACAUAUAUUUUAAAUUUGCUUUAUUUGAAACUAUCUGUGGAUUAUUAUUGUAAUUCUAAUUCACAAGUCUUCAAAGAAAAUGACAGAAAAUAUAAGAAAAAUGCAGCGUAUUUUUUUGUAUUUUCAACAAAAUUAAAAUUAUCAAUAAAAUUUCAGAUAAAUUAGCAUUUUUUUCAGCUUGUUAUUAAUUAAUCUUUAUGUCUUCAAAGAAAUGUCAGAAAAUAUAACAAAAUGCAUAAUUUUUCAGGAAGAUUAAGAUUAGCAAUGACAUAUAUUGUAAAUUAGCAUUAUUUGAAACUAUCUAGUCUUCACAAAAAUGACAGAAAAUAUAACAAAAUGCAUAAUUUUUUGGCAUAUUCAGGAAGAUUAUGAUUGUCAUUAAGCUGUCUAUGGGUCAUUUUUGUAAUUCCAGUUCACAAAAUAGUAGCACUCAUUUAUGUAGCAGUAAUUGUUUCUCAAUUAAUCUGUCAGUUUUCAAAAGAAAAGACAGAAAGUAUAAGAAAAUGCAUAAUUUUUUUUUUUGCAUAUUCAGGAAGAUUAAGAUUAUCAGUAAAAUAUAAUGUGAAACUGCAUUAUUAUGAGCUAUCUAUGGGUUAUUAUUGUAAUUAUAAUUCACAAAAUAGUAGCACUCAAAGUUAUUUAUUAUAUUAAUCUGUUAAUCUUCAAACAAAAUGUCAGGAAAUAUUUAAAAAAAAAAUCCAUAAAUUGUCACAGAAACCAAAGUCAGUUCUUGAAUUGUUCUGAUUUUUUCAGCCAAAAAUAAUUUCAAAACCCAAAGAUCCUGAAGUUAAGAUUGUUUAAAAUGGCAUCCGGACAGUAAAAUUAGCAAAUAUGAUCUUUUAAAAAAAACAAAAAAACAAUGAGUUUAGAGAUUUAUCAAUGAAUUAAUUAAAUAAUAAUUAUCCACCCAGAGUCUGGUUUAUUGUCAGUUUCUGCAUAAUGAACAUCCACUAUAUGUUAUAUUAUGUUCUAUGUGAACAUUUCCUCAUUGUCUGCUGGUAUGAUCUUAUUUUUGUACCUUAAUGUGAUGAAUUUUUUUCCGUUGUCGAGGUGAAUCUGUAUGCUGUGAUCACGGUUCACUGGUUUCUGUCAGGUUCUAAUAAAACUUUGAGACGUUC